UUUAUUCACAAAGAAGAGCCACUUUGAGUGGUGCCUAAAUUUGUGUCUCGAUAUGUGGAAGAGAUGUUCCAGCGAUUCAAUGGUCAAUCAUGAUGAGAUAGCGAUGAGACAUUUGGUUUCUUUGGCUUGUAAAUGCUGUUCUGUGUUUAUUUCAGAAGAUUUGGGCUGUGAUGCUUUACUAGACAUCGUAAACAUGCUUCGUUCCUCCUUAAGAAGUUCAAGCAUACCACGUAAAACGAGUUCAAUACCAGCUCUAAUGUGCUUAAUCGAAGUUUAUGAUGCAAAUUACAUAAACGAAAUUUUGACAUCCAGUCAAUCAAAAAUUUUGCAAAAAAAAGACCAAAAAGUCAAUUAUCAGAUUCAAAAAAAUUAA